CAGGGGCGCCCCGAGGCAGUUGGUGAGCUUCGGGGCCGGGCCCGCCAAGCUGCCGCGCUCGGUGUUGUUAGAGGUACAAAAAGAGUUAUUAGACUACAGAGGAGUUGGCAUUAGUGUUCUUGAAAUGAGUCACAGGUCAUCAGAUUUCGCAAAGGUUAUUAACAACACAGAGAAUCUUGUGCGAGAAUUGUUAGCCGUUCCAGAUAACUACAAGGUGAUCUUUGUGCAAGGCGGUGGGUGCGGCCAAUUCAGUGCUGUUCCCUUAAACCUGAUUGGCCUGAAAGCAGGAAGGUGUGCGGACUAUGUGGUGACAGGAGGUUGGUCAGCGAAGGCCGCCGAAGAAGCCAAGAAGUUUGGGACUGUGAAUAUUGUCCACCCUAAACUUGGGAGUUACACGAAAAUUCCAGAUCCAAGCACCUGGAACCUCAACCCGGACGCCUCCUACGUGUAUUAUUGUGCAAAUGAGACCGUGCAUGGUGUGGAGUUUGAUUUCAUACCUGACGUCAAGGGAGCAGUACUGGUUUGUGACAUGUCCUCAAACUUUCUAUCCAAGCCAGUGGAUGUUUCCAAGUUUGGUGUGAUCUUCGCUGGUGCCCAGAAGAACAUAGGCCCUGCUGGGGUCACCGUGGUCAUCAUCCGUGAUGACCUGCUGGGAUUCGCCCUCAGAGAGUGUCCCUCAAUCCUGGAGUACAAGGUGCAGGCCGGAAACAACUCCUUGUACAACACGCCUCCAUGUUUCAGCAUCUAUGUCAUGGGCUUGGUCCUGGAGUGGAUUAAGAACAACGGCGGGGCAGCAGCCAUGGAGAAGCUGAACUCCAUCAAAUCCCAAAUGAUUUAUGACAUCAUUGAUAAUUCUCAGGGAUUCUACAUAUGUCCAGUGGAACCCCAAAAUAGAAGCAAGAUGAAUAUUCCAUUCUGCAUUGGCAAUGCCAAAGGAGAUGAUGCAUUAGAAAAAAGAUUUCUCGAUAAAGCUCUUGAACUCAAUAUGAUCUCCUUGAAAGGGCAUAGGUCUGUGGGAGGCAUCCGGGCCUCUCUGUAUAAUGCCGUCACGAUUGAAGAUGUUCAGAAGCUGGCUGCCUUCAUGAAGAAGUUUUUGGAGAUGCAUCAGCUAUGAGCAUGUCCUAACCAGUACAUCUUCUGCCCUUGAACAACACACAAAAUUUAAAGUUACUUGAGAAUGGCUGCAAAAACUUAACACACAUGGUAUUUUUCUCAAAUGAAUAUGCUUAUUACAGAUUCUUCUUUGUUCAAACAGAACAACGGCAAAACCUCCACAGCUCUGCAAAGGUGGUGGGACCUAAUGGCUGCCUGAAUUCUGACUUGAACUGUGGAAGCAUUCUUUAAACCUUCCUGUUGCUUUUCUAAUGAAUUCUAGCUUAUUUUGUCUGCUGCUACUUUUUCUAGCUAAAUCUCAAGUGUUCUAACUUGCCUGUGGACUUCACUAUGCGAGUCGCGACUACUUUUUCUGGAGUCGCACAAACACACAGUGUGGAGGGUCUAUGGGGCCUUCUAGGUGCUGAUCUAGAUCUUAGAUUCCAGACAGCACUGGGGUCUCCUGGCUUCUGCAACUGGUGAUGAAGGUCAAUACUGACCAUUGGGAGAGCGUUUAGGAGUUCCAGGCCAAAGGGCAAACGGUAGAUCUUUAUACUGUUCUCAUAAAGAGAUAAAGCAACAUGCUAGAUAUAUGUUUAUAUAGCAAGUUCUAUUUUUACUACUAUAUAGUUUAUAUCUCUAUGCAUUCAUAUUUCUACUAAUACACUUCUCAGUGGUAAUAUGUAGAGACUUAGAAUUUGUUAAAUCCUUGAAACUGUGCAUCAUACACCAUGAUAACAUGGUGUGUCCCCUCUCCAGUUGUGUCCCCUCUCCAGUCCUCCCCUCCCCUCUUUUAAGCUACUUCAUGAAUAAGAUCUAGAAGUUUCAUGGUUCACUUUUACUCUCUUUUCAGUAGGUAGCAGAGAAGAUUGAUUUGUUCUUUGUUUCUGAAUUAUGCCGCGCAACUAAAAAUCUGUUAAACUCCCUUAUCCUUUGUUCUCUUGACUGUUUUCUUUAUAGUGUUUGACCAGAGUGAUACUGUGAGUUCCAGAAGGUCUUUGUUGGAGUUUUUCCUCCUACUGUUUAUCUGUGGUCAGUGUUUUCUGUUGAAUAUGUGAAGAACAUUAAAGUCCUAAAACAUCUAA